AAAUGUCCAACAUUUCAUCUGUCUCAACACAACAUUAACUGUCUUUCUAAAGGUUUCCCAAGAGGGUAAUCAGCAUGGAACGUGAGCCACAGAAAAUCCGAGAAGGCUACUUGGUUAAGAAGGCCCUGUUUAAUAAAUGGAAGCCAAUGUGGGUUAUAUUACUGGAAGAUGGCAUAGAAGUCUACAAGAAGAAAACUGACAAUAGCCCCAAAGGGAUGAUUCCACUAAAGGGGAGCAUCAUAACUAAUCACUGUCAGGAUUUUGGCAAAAGAAUGUUUGUGUUUAAAAUCACCACAUCUAAGGAGCAGGAUCAUUAUUUCCAAGCUUCUCACCAAGAAGAACGAGAUGCAUGGGUAAAAGAUCUGAAAAAGGCAGCAAAAUGUAUUGAGGAUGGUCAAAGGUUUGCCAGAAAAUCCACCAGAAGAUCAAUCAGAUUGCCUGACACAAUUAACCUAAGUGAGCUGUACACCUCUAUGAAAGAUCCAGACCGGGGAAUUAAAGUGCUAAAAUUAGAAAAGGACAAAAAAGUUUUCAACCAUUGUUUUACAGGUAUCUGUGUGGUUGACUGGUUAAUAUCUAGCAAAUCUGUCAGGAAUCGCCAAGAGGCCCUUAUGCUAGCCUCUGCUUUGCUGAAUGAAGGUCACCUUCAACCUGCUAAUGACAUGUCCAAAAAUGCCGCUCAAGGCUUGUCAGAAACGACUUUACUGGAUGUUUCGGAUGCAUUGUAUUACUUUCAAGAUAGCGGAUUCUUCUGUGAAGAUAAUUCUAGUGAUGAUGAUGCAAUCCCCAAAGAGGAAUUCAGAGGCAUUGUGGUUAAACAGGGAUGUUUACUGAAACAGGGUCACCGAAGGAAAAACUGGAAAGUAAGGAAGUUUGUUCUGAGAGAGGACCCUGCGUACCUGCACUACUAUGACCCAGCUUCAGGGGAUGAACCUUUGGGAGCUAUCCACUUGCGAGGCUGUGUAGUGACUGCUGUAGAAGAUACAAUGGAUGCAAAGAAGCAAGACGGGAAUCUCUUUGAAAUCAUCACGGCAGCCGAAGUGCAUUACUUUCUGCAGGCCGCGUCCUCUGAGGAACGCAAAGAAUGGAUUAAAGCUAUCCAAACUGUGUCCAGAAUUGGGAAAUAGUUUUAUUCUAUUUUUAUUUUGUAGUUGCAGAAAACCAGAAACACGCAAUUCUACAGUGUUUAUUUUUUUGUUUAAUUAUGCAUUUAUGUAAGUUUCUCUAUAUAAUGACACCAAAUAAUUUAUAUAUAUGCAAUCAUAUUCAGUUAUUUUAUUAAAGAAAUUAAAAAAAACUGUUUUCCUUCAGAGGAGAAAUCCAAGUGUUUUUCAAAUACUACAGUUUAAAAUAUAUAAGAA